UCUCUCUGGUACUGGCGGCGCUGGAGAUGUUGAGAUCUGGCCAAAAUCAUCGCUAGUAGUUCAUUGUUAUCAUUGUUAUAUAGUCAUAGUUGGGAACAUGUAUUGAGUGCUGUUAAUUUAUUUUAAUUAUCCAUGUAAAAAUUAUCCCAUAUAUAUUCAAAUGUGUUGACCAUGUCAGAAAACACGAAAACCGUUUUAAGACCAAGAGUUAGAUUCUCUCAACUUUCUAAUAAAGAGCAAAAUAAUGGAACUGUUAAAGAAUCUUGUAAGAAUCGUACAAAUUUACAAAUAAAUGGUCCCAAAAUUAAAAAUAUUGUAACUCUUGAAAGACCUGUUAGAAUAAUGAGUUCUACAGAGCAUACUGAUAUUCAUGAAAAGGACAUACCUUUGAAGAAUUGUGAAAUGAAAGUCGCAGUAUGUUUUGAUGAUAAAGCAUCUAAGAAUACUCAAAAUACAUCAUUGUUUAAUGAUAAUGUGUCAGAAACUGAGCUUCCAAAAACUUUACACAAUGUAAAUACUCAAAACAUGAAAGAAAUUGAUAAAUUAUUGCAACUAGAUAAAAAUAGAUGCAUGGAAAAUAAUAUUUUGAAACAUUGUAGAAGAAUUUUACAACAAAAAAACAAAGAAAAUAAAACUACAGUAUCAAACAAAAUUAUGUUGAAUAAAAAUAUUAAGACAAAAAUAAAAGAUGAUCAAUAUGAACAGCCAAUUGUAUGCAAUAAGUUACAACUAUUUAGGAACAAUAAUGAUAUGCAGAAAAUAGAUACUAUAAAUUCUAAUACAACGGAAAUAAUGAAGUUAAAAUCUGUACCAAGCAUUAUGAAAAGAACUGAGAAGCAAACCAAAACAAAAAUAUUCAAUGCAAAAUCUACUAUACCUGAUGUUAUACCAUAUUAUAAAUAUAUCAAACCUAGAAUACAAAAUAAAGGACUUGUUAAAAAAAAUGUAUUACAUAAUAUAACAGGCCCUAAAAUUGAAGUUUCUGUGGGACCAGGAGUUUCUCAUAAAAAACAGCAUGAUAUAAAGAUAGAUGAUGCAAGUAAACAAUGUUAUAUAUCAAAUAAUGCUGCAGAAAAAUUGGCACAACCAGAUUUUAAUUCUAUCUUAUGUAUCUUUAAUAAACUUAAGGAAAUUAAACAACAUAAGGUUAUCAGAAAUAUUAAUCAUUUAUCAUCUGUACAGAAGAAUCUUUUAAAUGAAAAGAUUUCUACUGUACUGGAUUUUCCAUUGGAUGAAGCAAUUUUUAACAAUUUAGUGGAUUUGAACAUAGAAGAUAAACAAAUGCCCACUAUUAUACGGAGCAAGGAUCCAGAACCACGACAAAAGGAUGUUGCACCCAAACUUUCUGACUUCUUUGUACCUGAAUAUACAAAAGAUGUCUGCACACUGAUACAUAUUAAAUCUCGUGCUUCAAAAAUUAAUGAGGAUUGGAAUAUUUUUAAAAUUAGUAAUAAAAUACUUGAUUGGAGACAUAGUUUGGAUGAUGUACGAUAAUGUAUUUAUACCAUUUGAUAACUUAUAUAAAUAUUAUAAAC